GCCUUGUCACCAAAUGGACACACGAGCGGAUCCGCUGUCCCGUGGGCCUCGUUAAGCCGCUGGUGCCGGCGUGAUGCUGUUCUCCCGCUUGCUCCCCCCCACAGACGUGGUCCGGCAGCCCGCGGGCGAGGCUUAUCGGGCCUGGUUGAAAACUUAUACUGAAGCGAAGGGGCAGCGCCGGCCCGAGGGCGGCUGUCAGCGGGCCGGGCCCUCCCAGCCCUCUUCUAGGGACCCCGCGACCCCGGCGGGAGGGAGAGGCCCGUGCCCGCAGGGCCGAGGGGGGCGCCCCCGGCUCCGUCACAGACCCGCGGCGGGGCCCAGCCCGGCCCGGCCCAGACGGCGGGAGCCCACCCGGUCGCUUAGGAACAGGACGCGGAGAUGGCGGCGGGCGCCGGGCAGCGGAGGACUAAAGGUCAUCCCCAGUCUGUCACGAUUUCGGAUGUUAAAGUAUUUGUGGCUUAACAACAAUAAGAUCCAAGAGAUUACAUUCUUGAUUAAUAAUUAUUGCUUGACAGAACUCUACCUGAACAAUAAUGACUUGAGAGAUAUAGCAGGUGCUCUGAAACACUUGAGUUCAUUACAAGUCCUGCUGCUUCACAACAACCAGUUGAAGCACCUUGACAAAACAGUGAAGGAACUGACAGGAAUGAUAAGUCUGCAAACCCUAAAUCUAUUCCAUAAUCCCCUGUCACAAGAUCCUAUGUACCGUCUUUAUGUGAUAUACUUCCUUCCUUCAGUACAACUCCUUGACAGAAAAAAAAUUACACAAAAAGAAAAGGAAUCUGCAUUACAUAUUUACAACCACGAAAGAUCCUGUGUUCUCCAGUCUAUAGCUUUUGGAAAGAGAAUAAACAAAUCAUUGGUGGCUAAGACAGUAUCCAGCAGAAGCAUUCCAGCUGCCCAAAGUUUGCAGAUGCCUCCAGAUUAUGAAUUUGCAAAUCACGUAAACAAAGUUCCAUUUGAGAACCCUGAAGAUGCAGUUUUUGUAAGGGCAAUGAAGAGAUCUAUAAUGGAAUUUUCCUGUGUAGAUUGGAACAAAAUACCCACCUAUCAAGAAAAGCAUCUUGAAAACAAACUUAAAGAACCCUGUGAGAAAGUGACAAUUAGAUUCAGAUAACUGUUUGCUUUCUCAGGAAACAUUUAUAUAAAAGCUUUAAUACCUAUCUAGCAUAUAAGUUAGCAUUUGUAAAGCAUAUGCUGUAACUUACACUUAUUACAUUAACUUUCAGCAGAACAACUGUACCACCCUAUUACUUGGUAAUUUAAAAAAAUGUAAUGAUUAGAGUCAAGGAAUAAAGGUAAAAAAACACCA